CCACCACCGUCGCCGUACCCCACCUCCCUCCCGUGCACGCAAGGCACCCGGGGGCGCCGAAAGCGACGGGGGGCGCGACCGCGUGAGCUUUAAACCCGCCCGGCCUCCUCGCCGCACUCCCCACCGCCGCUCGCCGAGCUCGCCCGCGCCGGAGCCAGACUGAAACCUCGGGGGAGUGACUGCGCGGAUCGGGAGGCUCUAGGGUUUGGGUGGGGGACUGGAGGGGAUAGCGGUUGGUGGCUUGGCGCGGAGGGGAGGGGCUGGGGUUGGGGUUGGGGAUUUGGAUGGUCGCGGCGGCGCGGCGCUGGAGUAGUAGUACUGGUGCCGCUCCUCCUCCUCGUCCUACCACCCAUGGGAAGGUCGUUCAGGGACUCGCUCAAGCUGCUCGAGGCCGACAUCCAGCACGCCAACUCGAUUGCUUCUGAAUUUCGAAGGGAAUAUGAUGGUGCCUGUCUUCAGAUGAGGAUGUCAUACUGUCCGGCUGCACACCUUUUCCUUUUUCUUGUGCAGUGGACAGACUGCAACCUUGCUGGUGCUCUUGGGCUGUUGAGAAUUCUCAUUUACAAGGUUUAUGCUGAUGGGACGACCACCAUGUCCACUCAUGAAAGGAAAGCGAGCAUUAGGGAAUUCUAUGCUGUUAUUUACCCUUCUCUGGCGCAAUUACAUGAAGGAAUUAAUGAGGUGGAGGACAGGAAACAAAAAGCUAUUUGUAUAGAGAGGUAUAGAAGACGAGAGGAGGAUCACAAAAGGGUGAUCUCAGAGAUUGAUGAUAAUAUAGAGGAAGAGUGUGGCAUAUGUAUGGAAAUAAACAACAAAGUUGUCCUUCCAACUUGUAGCCAUGCUAUGUGCAUUAAAUGCUACCGUGACUGGAGAUCAAGAUCCCAGUCCUGUCCAUUCUGCCGCGACAGCCUCAAGAGGGUCAACUCUGCUGACCUCUGGAUAUACACGGAUAACAGGGACAUAGUCGACAUGGCGACGGUCAGAAGAGAGAACCUGAGGCGCCUCUUCAUGUACAUAGAUAAGUUGCCCACGGUGAUCCCCGAAUCUGUUUUCGAGGUAUACGAUUCCCACGUAAAGUGACCCUGUGCUCGGCUCGGCGCUGCGCCAAUUGUUCAUCAGUUGGGUACUGCUAGUGCUGUAGACAUUACCAAUUGUUCGUCAGUGGGGUGCUGCUAGUGCUGUAGGCAUUGCCGGUUGUUCAUCUGUGUGCUGCUGCUAGUGUUGUAGACAUUUCUGGAGCCCCGGGCGCUGGCUGCCUCGAGCUUAUGAACGCUCCGAGCAGUUCGCCGGGGAGGCUCUGUAUGUAUGUGAGGUACUCCUAUAUAUGUAAAUUAUUGUCAGUUGUAUCCACACGGCCCGUGUGAUGAUGUGUUAGGAGUCUAACGCCGGCAUGUAAGUAAUGGAUCAUUUUUUUUUGUGGGCAUGUAAGUAAUGAAUCAUUGACUCUUAAGCAUUUCGUCUGUGCCUGUUUGGGGGAA